UUACUGUAUGGUGGGAUGCGAGAAUCUCAGCCUGAAGCAGAAAUCCCUCUUCAAGACACCACUGCAGAAGCAUUCACAAUGCUGCUAAAAUACAUCUACACCGGGCGGGCAACGCUGACAGAUGAGAAGGAGGAGGUGUUGCUGGACUUUCUGAGCCUAGCUCAUAAAUAUGGAUUUCCAGAGCUGGAGGACUCUACCUCUGAGUAUCUCUGCACCAUACUUAACAUUCAGAAUGUCUGCAUGACUUUUGAUGUUGCCAGCCUCUACUCACUUCCCAAGUUAACUUGCAUGUGCUGCUUGUUUAUGGACAGAAAUGCUCAGGAGGUGCUCUCAAGUGAAGGCUUCCUCUCCCUUUCUAAGACAGCACUUUUAAACAUCGUAUUAAGAGAUUCAUUUGCAGCUCCCGAAAAAGAUAUCUUCCUAGCCUUGUUAAAUUGGUGUAAGCACAAUUCAAAGGAGAAUCAUGCUGAAAUCAUGCAGGCUGUGCGUUUGCCUCUGAUGAGCCUCACUGAACUUCUGAAUGUUGUGAGGCCUUCAGGACUGUUGUCUCCUGAUGCCAUUCUGGAUGCUAUUAAAGUUCGAUCUGAGAGCCGGGAUAUGGACCUCAAUUACAGAGGCAUGCUCAUACCAGAAGAAAAUAUUGCAACUAUGAAGUAUGGAGCCCAGGUUGUAAAAGGGGAGCUGAAGUCUGCCUUAUUAGAUGGUGAUACUCAAAAUUAUGAUUUGGAUCAUGGAUUUUCUAGGCACCCAAUUGAUGAUGACUGCCGUUCUGGCAUUGAGAUUAAGCUAGGUCAGCCAUCUAUUAUCAAUCACAUACGGAUACUCCUGUGGGACCGAGAUAGCCGGUCUUACUCAUACUUCAUUGAAGUGUCAAUGGAUGAACUUGAUUGGAUCAGAGUGAUUGAUCAUUCGCAGUAUCUGUGUCGUUCUUGGCAGAAAUUAUAUUUUCCAGCCCGUGUCUGCAGGUAUAUUCGAAUAGUUGGGACUCACAACACAGUGAACAAGAUUUUUCACAUUGUGGCUUUUGAAUGUAUGUUUACAAACAAAACCUUCACUCUUGAGAAGGGGCUGAUAGUUCCCAUGGAGAAUGUUGCAACAAUUGCUGAUUGUGCCAGUGUGAUUGAAGGAGUCAGCCGGAGCCGAAAUGCCUUGCUGAAUGGAGACACCAAGAAUUAUGAUUGGGACUCUGGCUAUACGUGUCAUCAGCUAGGAAGUGGUGCAAUUGUGGUUCAACUGGCACAGCCGUACAUGAUCGGGUCAAUACGGUUAUUACUUUGGGACUGUGAUGAUCGAAGCUAUAGCUACUACGUUGAGGUUUCCACCAACCAGCAACAAUGGACCAUGGUGGCCGACAGAACUAAAGUCUCUUGCAAGUCCUGGCAAUCUGUAACUUUUGAAAGACAGCCUGCCUCUUUCAUCCGAAUCGUGGGAACACACAACACAGCAAAUGAGGUGUUCCACUGUGUCCACUUUGAGUGUCCAGAGCAGCAGAGCAGCCAGAAGGAGGACAACAGUGAGGAGUCGGGGACGCCGCUCGACCCCCACGCCCUGCAGGCCCCCGGUGGCAGCUCACUGCCUUCCAGCCCAGGCUCCGUCUCCCGCUCUCCCAACCGGCAGCACCAGUAA